AACAUAUCUACCCAGCACCAGCCCACGCACGCCUAAAAUCCCCAUAAUUCCUUCAGCCUUUCACCAAUCACACGUCUAGCAUUUUCAUAAUGAACGGCAACGGCCAAAAACACGCCUCAGGCACGUCAACUCCAAAGGAUUCCGAGGAUUCAGCUGUUCCCGCUCAAUCCAAGGGCUCCUGGACUUCGUUCUUGAAGUCCAUUGCUUCCUUCAAUGGCGACCUCUCCUCCAUGACCGCCCCGCCCUUCAUCCUCUCGACCACAUCCCUCGUGGAGUACUCGUCGUACUGGGCCGAACACCCCUCCACUUUCGUCGCGCCUGCCAACGAGAACAACCCGGAGAAGCGCGCGGUCCUCGUCCUCAAGUGGUUCCUGAGCACACUGAAGCAGCAGUACAGCAGUCGCAACGAGAAGCUUGGCAGCGAGAAGAAGCCGCUGAACCCCUUCCUGGGCGAGCUCUUCCUUGGCAAGUGGGAGGAUGAUGCUGGCACCACACAGUUGGUCAGCGAGCAGGUCAGCCAUCACCCGCCAGUCACGGCGUACAGCAUCUGGAACUCGAAGGCGGGAGUCAGGCUACAAGGCUACAACGCCCAGAAGGCUUCUUUCUCGCGGACAAUCAAUGUCAAGCAAAUUGGCCACGCCAUUCUCCACAUUGAUGCAUUCGACGAAGACUAUCUGAUCACCCUUCCCUCACUCCACAUCGAAGGCCUCAUUACUGGGGCGCCAUAUGUGGAGUUGGACAGCUCCAGCUACAUCAAGUCUUCAUCUGGCUACACCGCGAAGAUCGACUAUAGCGGCAAGGGAUGGCUAUCAGGCAAGAAGAACACCUUCACGGCGUCGCUUUAUCAAGACGGCAAAGAGAAGCAGCCGCUAUACACCGCCGAUGGGCAAUGGACCGAUUGUUUCACAAUUCGCGACGCCAAGACCAAGGAUGUUGUCGAAACGUUCGACCCCACAGUGACCAACACAACCCCUCUCACCGUCGCCGAGAUAGACCAGCAGGACGAAAUGGAGUCGCGACGCGCGUGGCAGAAGGUGGCUCAGGCCAUUUCCAAGGGCGAUAUGAACACUACGUCCGCAGAAAAGUCGGUUAUAGAGAACCAACAGCGCGAGAUGCGGAAGCAAGAGAAGGCAGAGGGCCGGGAAUGGUCACGCCGCUUCUUCACCCGUGCGCCAAAAUCAGCUCUCUUCGACGCUUUGGCUAACAGUAUCGGCGAGGCCAUCAAUUCCAAUCUGACUGAUGGCGUAUGGUUGUUUGACCAGGAGAAGGCGAAAGAUUCUGCGCCACCAUUCCAACCGCAGUAGUGGUACUGUAUGGUGAUUUCUUCCUAUUCCCUAAUGAGUUCGGAUCUCUUUACCUCUUGUAAUAUCACAUGACCUAUGUAGGUCGCCUUUUUUCAAACAGGGGCGUCUCAUGACCUAAUUGCAUCUGCUUCCUCCUGCAACUUCUAAACCUACUCUGUGUUUUGUAUUCUUAGGCAGGCUCCUCCCGAAUACGAUCCUCAAUAUUCGAACG